AUGACAAGUCACUUCCUGCCUCCAAAGAGCAAUCAAGACCUGAGUCUGUCGCUGAAAGUGAGAGAAUCUGCUGCAGAAAGUGUAAAACCCGACAGCUUGAAAGAUGAGAAGUCUAUACCUGUCUCUAAAGAACCUUCCCGCCCAAGUUCUGUUGCUGAAAGUGUGAAAGACGAGCACGAGAAGCCAGAAAGUGCUACGGCUGAGAAGUCUGGAGAGCCCUCCAGAAGAGAAUCCGUUGCGGAAAGUAUUAAGCCCGACAGCUUGAAAGAUGACAAAUCUCUGCCAGUCUCCAAGGAACCAUCACGGCCGGGCUCUGUGGUAGAAAGUGUGAAAGAUGAUCAUGAGAAGGCAGAAAGUGCUAAAGACGAGAAGUCUGCAGAGCCCUCCAGGAGAGAAUCCGUUGCGGAGAGUACUAAACCCGAUAGCCUCAAAGAUGACAAGUCACUUCCUGCC